CGCCGGUCACCGGCGAGGGUCCAUUGGUUGUGUCAAGUGGCAUAAUGCUUGGGACCACCACAUGUCCAUGUGGCACCUUAUUCUCUUUGUUCCUUUGGUGAGUUAAAGUUCCAAAGCAUUUAUAAAUGCUUUAAAGGAUGUCUCCACUUUCUAUGUGGGACUUAAAGCAAAGCAUUAAAUGCUAUUUAACUCUUUUGUCAUUUUGAAACUAAUAUUGCGAAACAAUUUCCAACAAUAAAUAACAAUUGUCUCAUAACCUAGAAUCAAUAACACUAGUAUACACAUAGAAUAAUUGUUUUGGUGGAUGAUUCACUGAAGACCCCAACCUAGCUGUUAUAGGCUAUACCUUUUUCUUAUGUUUAGAUUGGUGGUAUGAGACAAAAUGGAAUGGAAUGAUAAAUAGUGAGAUUAUAUUGUUCGAGUUUAUAAAUAAUGGAUAGAAUAAAAUUGAAUAUGAUAAAAUUCAUUCUAUAUCCAUAUUUCAUUCUUGGUUUGACAAUCUACAUAAAAUAUCAAAAAGAUAAGAGAAAGAUGAAGGGUUCUCAAAUUCGGUAGAUAAGCUAUAUAGAUAAAUAUCAUGUAGGUCUUUGGAGAUGGAAGAAGGUGAACAUGUGUUCCUAUGUGUCAUAGUUAUCAUUAUAGUUGGUAGAGCUAUCGAGUCAAAAGAGCAGAUUAUUUUCUCAAAAGAAUAAAUCAUUCCACCACGGUCAUCUAAAAGAGUCAUGAUGAUAUAUUGUUUACUUAAUGAAAUUUUAUAAAAAAAAUUGAAGUGAUAUCACUUUUAAAUAAAAGUGAAAGACUCAACUAAAAUUCUGAAGAAAUCACGGAUUUACUAGUGUUGGGAUUCAAACCAAUGAAAGAUUAAAGAUAUCACCACAGUUGUUCAAAAUAACCGUUGUAAUAUGUUAAUAAUUUUUAAUUAAAAUAAUAGUGGCACCUGAAUUUAGAUAUAUCACCACGAUCCUUCAAAAGACCGUGGUAACGUGUGCGUUGUGUAUAUACUUUUUUGUAAAUUGUUAAGAAAUCUAACGUUAUACCAUAUAUCAUUAAUUGUUUGAAUAUGUGUAUAUAAAUUGGAGCAGUCUUUACCGUACAAGUCGGUUUUUUAAGGUUAAGUUAAACCAACCAUAAUUUUUAAGAUAAUAUUAGAGUCUCGUUUAAGACCCGUUGAAACAUAUGCUCAAAUGAUUAGUUAACCAAUAUCUUCACCAAAUCUCGAUGAAACCUCGUAUUGAUGCAUAUGAUAUAUACAUGAAAGAUGUUUCAUUGGUCGUUUGAUAUAUUUGAUCAUCACUCGACUCAACAUUAUGUUAAGUGACUUUUGUUUUUCUUGGCUGAUCUUAAAAUUCUUUUAUUAUGAUAAUCAAAGUUCAUUUCAUAUUGCAACUAAUGUCAUAAAGUGCUACAUUGUUUUUGACCAAGUACAAACUGGUGUAUUGCUUUUGUCAUCUGUGAGUUUUCAAGAACAAGUUGUGGACUUUUUCACCAAAGAAAGCACUACAUAUUGGAGAAAGAAGAAGAUUAAUUUCUCAAUCAACCCGAGCUUGCUUGCAUUGAAAGUGGUGAAAAAAACAGAUGGCGAGUUUUCUGAUUGAUUACGCAAAGCAAAAUAUGGAGAAGUUGAUAAAUGAAGGGCUAAAAGAAUUCCGUUAUAUAUGUUGUUUCACAUGCAUUGCUAAGGAACUUGAAGAAGAAAAAGUUUGGUUGGAAGCAGAAAGGACAGCUGUUGGGCAGCGUGUUAAAGUUGCAAAAAGAAGAGGAGAAGAUGUUGAAGCAAAUGCUCUUUUUUGGGAAGAAGAAGCUGAUAAGCUCAUUCAAGAAGACACCAAAACAAAAGAGAAAUGUUUUAUUGGAUUAUUUCCUAAUUGCAUAUGGCGAUACAGAAGGGGAAAGGAUCUGGCAAAUAAAAAAGACCAAAUAAAAAAAUUAAUGGAAAUUGGAAAGGAACUUGCAAUCGGACUCCCUGCUCCUCUUCCAGAUGUUGAACGUUAUUCAUCUCGACACUAUAUUUCUUUUAAAAGUAGAGAAUGCAAAUAUAAAGAGCUUUUGGAUGCAUUGAAAGAUGACAACAAUUAUAUAAUCGGGUUGCAAGGGAUGGGGGGCACAGGAAAAACUACAUUGGCCAAAGAAGUUGGUAAGAAACUUAAGCAAUCCAAACAAUUUACGUCCAUUAUUGAUACAGCAGUUUCAUUUUCUCCUGAUAUUAAAAAGAUUCAAGAUGAUAUUGCUGGACCAUUGGGAUUGAAAUUUGAUGACUGUAGUGAAUCAGACCGACCCAAAAAACUAUGGAAAAGAUUAACCGAUGGUGAAAAGAUUCUUCUAAUAUUGGACGAUGUUUGGGGUGAUAUUGAUUUUGAAGAAAUAGGGAUUCCAUACAUUGACAAUCACAAAGGUUGUAGAAUUCUUGUAACCACGCGCAAUGUGUUGGUAUGCAACAAAUUAGGAUGCAGUAAGACAAUCAGAUUGGAGCUCUUGUCUGAAGAUGAAGCAUGGGAAAUGUUCAAAUGGUAUGCUGGUCUAACUGAAAUUUCAACUAAAAGUUUGCUCGACAAGGGACAUAAAAUUGCGAAUGAGUGCAAAAGAUUACCAAUUGCAAUUGCUGUAAUCGCUAGUAGUUUGAGGGGCGAACAACGUCAGGAUGAGUGGAAUGCUGCCUUAAAAUCCUUGCAAAAACAUAUGUCCAUGCAUGGUGUUGAUGAUGAACUUGCUAAAAUUUAUAAAUGCUUGAAGUUUAGCUACGAUAAUAUGAAGAAUGAAAAGGCAAAGAGUUUAUUCCUCUUGUGUUCUGUAUUUCGAGAAGAUGAAGAUAUUUUUAUUCAUACGUUAGUCAGACUUGCCAUCGGAGGAGGUAUUUUUGGGGAAGACUAUGGCAGCUACGAAGAUGCUCGAAGUCAAGUAGUUAUAGCCAAAAAUAAACUCUUCGAUUCUUGUUUAUUGUUGGGAGCCGAUAAAUAUAGGGUAAAAAUGCAUGACUUGGUUCGCGAUGCAGCCCAAUGGAUAGCGAACAAAGAGAUUCAAACAAUAAACUUGUAUGAUAAAAAUCAAAAGGCAAUGCUAGAACGGGAGAAGAAUUUUAAAUAUUUGUUAUGGGAAGGAAAGGUGAAGGACGUGCUCUCAUGCAAGCUUGAUAGUUCAAAGCUCGAGAUUCUAAUUGUCAUCAUGUAUAAGGACAGUGAUUGCCACAAUGAGAAAAUCGAAGUCCCAAAUUCAUUUUUCGAAAAUAUCAGUGGCCUUAGAGUUUUUCAUUUAUUUAGUGAUUUUUAUCGAGCACCUCUGUCAUUACCUCAAUCAAUUCAGUCGUUGAAGAAUAUUCGAUCUCUUCUUUUUAACCGUCUUGAUUUGGGUGAUAUAUCUAUUUUGGGUAAUCUACAAAGUCUUGAGACACUUGAUUUGGAUGUGUGUAAAAUUAUUGAAUUGCCGGACGUACUUGCAAAGCUACAUAAUCUUAGAUUGUUGUACUUGAGACGUUGUAAAAUUAGAAGGAAUAAUCCAUUUGAAGUGAUUGAAGGAUGCUCCUCACUUGAAGAGUUGUAUUUCAUAGACAGUUUUAAUGAUUGUUGCCGAGAAAUAACCUUCCCAAUGUUACAAAGAUUUAUAGUGGAUGAUAAUGGGAUUAUAUCUAUGAAUGAGUCACUAUCAAAAUGUGUGUCUCUUUUACAUCAAGAAGAUGAACAUUUACUCUCUGAAAAAAAACUCAAGGAUUGUAUUCAAGCAGCAGAGGUUCUUAUACUAAGAAGAAUCUGGCGGGGAUGGAUAAAUAUCAUACCUGAGAUUGUUCCUAUGGAUCAUGGUAUGAAUGAUCUAGUCGAGCUCAGAUUGAGUUACAUUUCACAACUUAAGUGCCUCAUCGACACUAAGAAUGAUAAUUCUCAAGAAACAACUGUCUUCAACAAGUUGGUUGUACUAGAAUUGGAAAAAAUGGAAAGUUUGGAAGAAUUGUGCAAUGCUCCUCUUUCUUUUGAUUCUUUGAAGAAUUUAGAGCAGCUGAGCAUCCAGGAAUGCAAACAAUUGCAAAGCUUAUUUAUGUGCAACCUAAACCUCUGCAAUUUAAAGAGAUUGUUAUUGAUAGGAUGUCCGACGUUGAUCUCCCUAUUUCAACUGACUACUUCUCGUAGCCUAACGUCGUUGGAGGAAUUGACAAUAAUUCAAUGCAGGAAUCUUGAAUACAUAAUAACAGAUGAAAGAAAAGAGAAGGAACCGAGAGGAGAAAUAGUUGUUGACGAUGAUAAUGAUAGCAAGAGGAGUCACGGAUCAAUGUUUCCAAAACUUAAAGAUCUUCGUAUUCAACAGUGCCAUGGAUUAAAAUUUAUAUUUCUGUUUCUCUCAAUUCAAGAUCUUCCGGCACUAGAAUAUUUCUCAAUAUUUCGUUGUGAGAAGCUGCAAUACAUAUUUGGCCAAUAUGUACAACUUGGUUCUCUAAAACAAAUGGAUCUUGGGGAUUUGCGAAAUUUAAUAAAUAUUUUUCCAAAAUGUCAUCUUACCACAUCUUCCGAACCUAAGAAAGACAGGGUCUUUUUAUGGACUGAUAUAUGUUGCUUCGGUAAAAAAUACAGACACAAGUCGAUGAGUUUUACAAGUACUGAAAUCCCAGUGGUUUUUGAAGAUAAACAUCAGGAUUGCUUAACAGCAUGGGAAUCAAAAUCAUAUUCCCUCGGCAUAUGGGAACGGGUUCAAUAUUUUUUGACACAAUCACUCUUCAUGUGGAAUAUUAAAGAUAUUGUAUUGGUUGAUAUUCCAAAGAUAGAAUCAUUAUUUAUCCUAUCUAUUGCUCCAAGAAUAUUGUUAGAAACUUUGACAAUUAAGAACUGCAGUGAAUUGAAGCACAUAAUAAUAGACACCGGAGAUCAUGAAAAUGGUGGCAAUAACUUGCACAGUGUCUUCCCAAAAUUAAAAAAUGUCCAGAUUGAAACUUGCAUGAAAUUAGAAUAUAUAUUUGGACACUACUCUGAUGCUCGUCAAAACCAUAAUGAGAUUCACCUUCAGCUUCAAGCACUGGAGCGUCUCUAUCUUAUACAUCUGCCAAGUUUAGUUGCCACAUGUCCACAGCAUUAUCGCACAAUAUUUCCACUUUUGGAAGAUCUUUUAGUCGAUUACUGCCUGCAGUUCGCUAUCAAAUCCAUUGGUGAUCUCACAAUCAAGAAGGAAUUGAGUGGGAACAUGGAUCAUUUUCUCGCUUUGAAAAGUCUCAAGCUAUAUUAUUGGAAAGUAGAACAUAUAUAUUUUCUCAACAAAGAAGUACAUGAACAACAUAUGAACUUAGGUUUGCAAUACAUUUUGUUGCAAGAUCUGCCUACGACGACAUGUCUUUUGGUUGGUCCCAAAAAUUCAUUUUCCCUCCAUCACCUUACAGUGAUAAAAAUCAGGCGAUGUGAAAAAUUGGAAAUUGUGUUUUCCACAUCUAUAUUAAGAUGCCUACCACAAUUGGUUGCUCUAAGAAUAGUAGAAUGCGAAGAGUUGAAGCAUAUUAUUGAAGAUGAUUUGGAGAAUGACAAAUCCAUAAAUUUUGAGUCUACAAACACAUACUUCCCAAAGCUAGAAAUACUUAUCGUAGGAAACUGCAACAAACUCAAAUGUGUCUUUCCGACUUCCGUAUGUAAAGAGCUUCCAAAGCUAAAAGUUCUGAUAAUAAGAGAAGCAUAUGAGCUGCAACAAAUAUUCAAAACCGAAGGUGAUGAUCAGAAACUCGAGAUUCCAAAUCUGGAAGUUGUAUCAUUUAUCAAUCUGCCAAACCUCUCCGAUGCUCAAAAAGUGCACUUUGAGGCCGUAAAUUGUCGUCUUGUACAAAACUGUCAUAAUUUCUCUCUGACUUCAGCAUCAAAAUCGGAUGACAUAGAUGACAUUAUUGAUCCUUUGUUCGACAUAGAUUCUGAUAUCUAUAUGGAACUCAUGGUUCUAUUGCAAUCGCAACCAUUAAAAGAAGCGUACAAAGGCCACCACACCUGGAAUCAAAGUCCUACUUCAGAAAUCACUAGAGAAUUUGCAGAUGGGGUUGGGAUUGAAGCGAAAGCAGCAUUAGGACACAUAGGACACAUAUUGACUUCUCCACAGUUACAGAUGUUAUUGAAUGAACAAUCAAUGGAUCAACAACUAUUGACGAACAAACAACAUUCACUUGGAGAAACUGAAACGACCAAUAAACCUCAGUUGGAUGGUUCUGUCACGCCGCCAGAAAAAACUUUAGCAGCAAAUUCUUCUACCAUUUCAGAAACAAAGAAGGAGCAACCUAUACAAUUACUUGGUCCUAAACAAAUGGAAGAUGUUGAUUGCCAAAUAGCCACAACCUCUUUGUCCAUUGUCACUACGGAAAACAAUGAUGAAGGUGAAGAGUCUUUGAAUAUAUUUUUAGAGACCAAUGAUAAAGGUGAAGACUCUUUGAUUAAACUUUCAGAGACCAAUGAUGAAGUUUCAGAAGACUCUUCUCAAAUAGAUGAAAAUUUAAGUGAGCUGGAGCAACUAGCUUCGAAGAAGCAUUUGAAUGAUGAGAACUUGUGUUUGUUGAAUGAUUUCCUUGCAAAGCACCCUUGUGUUCGUUUAAGAGAUACUUCACUUAGUAAUAGAUACAAGGGCUAUGCCUACAACUUACUUGCUGAGCUAUUGAAAUUCCUCCAAACACAUAGUCUGGUCGAUGUAUUGGGCUCACGCCGCUCUGAACUUUUCGAGUUAUUACAAGAUGUGCGCAGCUUUGCUUUUGAUAAGGAUUGGUUGGAUGGUGUCCAAAGGCGUAUAAUUCAACAAGACGGGGAUUUAAAUGCCCCUAUUGGCUAUUAGACUCAUAUUCCUCCCAUGCUAAUUUGAUAUGCUUUUUAGUGUGGGAGUUGUCUUUGGGUGUAGGUUUCGUCAUUUCUCAUAUGAAAUGAGCUACUUUUAAUAAUUAUAUUUAUUUGUUUUCCUAUCAAAUGUAACCAUGCUUUUAAUUAUUAUAUGUAUUAAAUUGUGAUGGAAGUUAUACAAAGAGGCAGGGGGAGUGGCCCAAAAAAAAUCAUCACCGCAUUUAGGUUAUGAGACUUCCAUGCGCUGCUUCAUGGUUAGUGAUUGGGCGAAGUUAUAACCAUUAUUUCCAAGAGGCCAGCCUAUUCUGAAUCUUAUAAACCGUAUUUUUCCAAGCUAAUCUCUUCCUCGGAUUUAACCCCACCUCCACACCUAAGAAAGUAGAAGGAAGAGAUCAUACUCCACGCAAUAAGUAGGUCGAAGCCGAAGCAAUGAAUUCCUCCUUCAAGUUCAAGCCAUAAAUCUUACUUUUAGCUAAGUUGAUUUUGAGACCCAAAACCAAUUCAAAGCUCCUUAAUAAAACUUUAACACUCCAUAAAUUAGUUCCAUCACAAAACAUAAUAGUCUCGUCGGCAAAUUGGAGCAAAUAAAAACUCAUAUCCCUCUUUAAAUGAAAGCCCUUGAAAUCUCCCAAACGUGAAGCUUCAGCCACCAAUAACAAAACAUAACUCUUUUCAAUCUAGAAGCCAAAAGCUUGGAAAUGAUCCUGUAAAGGCUGCUGAUCAAACAGAUGGGUCGGACUGAGGGUUCUCAGCUUUUGGAAUGAGAGUCAGGAAAGAUGCAGUAAUCGCUUUAUUGCUUUUUACAUAGUAUCGUGAUUCCGGUUAGGCUUAAGUUUCUACUGUAAAGUUCCUUGUAUAUAUGUUAUUCCUCUCAACCUUUUUUUCUUAA